UCGGCGACACUGGAGCGCAGCGCACAGGCUGAAGAGACAGAGACGGCGCUUGCUAGGCUCACUCGAUCCGCUCCUGGCUCUGAAGUCCUCCCGGCCCCCGCCGCUGCCCGCCUGCUCGUGUCCGCCGCGUCCUUCCAGCAGCUCGGCUCGGGAUGAUUCUCCCCGCGGAAGGGACGAGCGCCGCGCACGGGGCCUGGGCGGCUGCAGGCUUGGCCCACACCAAGGCGCUACUCAAGAUGAGCUCCUCAUCGCUGUUGGAGGAGAGCUCCAUUGAGCCACCAGUGCUGCUGAGUGACAUCAAGACGGAGCCUCCGGAGGAGCUGCUGGCUAGUGACUGCAGCCAGCCCCAGGCUGAGCCGGUUGACCUGUCCCUCAACAAGCCCAAGGCCUCACUGCAGCCCUCCCUGUCGCUGCCCUCCUCCGUCCGCUCCUCGCCCAUGCUGGCAACACCCCCCGUCCAGGCCCCCGUGGUCUCCAUGUCACCCACAGGGCUGGGCUCGUCAUCGGCCAUCCCUGCCGUGCUUUCCCCGGGCUCCAUCCUGGCUUCCACCCAGGGCAGCGGUGGGCAGCAGAUCCUGCACGUCAUCCACACUAUCCCUUCCGUCAACCUUCCCAGCAAGAUGGGCAACCUGCAGACCAUCCCUGUAGUGGUGCAGUCCCUGCCGGUGGUGUACACGACGAUGCCCAGCGACGGUGUCACUGCUGCCAUCACCGUGCCGCUUAUUGGCGGUGAUGGCAAGAACGCCGGCUCUGUGAAAGUUGACCCGAGCUCCAUGUGCCCCGUGGAAAUGAACAGCGACAGUGAAGACAGCACCGUGGAGAGUGGCCCGGCAUUCUUCUCGGACCUGCAGAGAGAGCCCUCGGUGGGACGAAUGCAGCUGGCAGAGUCUCCUGACCUGAAGAAGAGGCGGAUCCACCAGUGUGACUUCGAAGGUUGCAACAAAGUUUACACAAAGAGUUCACACUUAAAAGCACACAGGAGGAUACAUACAGGAGAGAAGCCGUACAAAUGCACCUGGGAGGGUUGCACCUGGAAGUUUGCUCGCUCCGAUGAGUUGACCCGGCACUUCCGAAAGCACACGGGCAUCAAGCCUUUCCGUUGCUCGGACUGCGACCGCAGCUUUUCUCGCUCUGACCACUUGGCUCUGCACCGCCGGAGGCACAUCAUGAUGUGAGGGGGCUCAUUCCUGCCCCCAUUGGCCAGGGAAGGAGGAGAACCAGUCCCCGCAGCAGGCUGAAUUCCUGCCUGACAGUUGUGACUGCUGUGGACAGAGCCUGUUUUCGGAGGGACCGCCCUUCCCCUCCCAGCCCUUGCCAUCCACAGAACUCCAUGGAAGGAGCUACAGCCUGACUGGGGAAGUGCCGGGGACUGCAGGCGUAUGAACAGGCAGGCCUGAUGGAUGCCGUGUUGGUUGGCUGUGGGGCAGUUGCUGCAGCGCGAUCCCGAUGAGGGCUGCUUCUGGCUCCUCCUUUCUUGGUGACGGCUCUUGAGGAUUUCCCUGAGCUUCGGCCCCAUCUCUCCAGGAAGCAGUUUGGAUUUUCAUUCAUUGCAGUUUUGAGUUUUCAAUCCAGGGUUUCUAGUAGUGUACAAACACACCAAACAAACAAACCCUGAAAUCCUAGAAACCAGAAUAUGGGGAGGAGGGGAACUUGGAAUUAAUUGGUUUUUUAAAAUGUUCUAAAGAGCACAGAAGCAAUGUCCGUAUUCGAAACCUGGUUUGAAAUCCAGCUUUCAGUCUUCAAGACAGGAUUUGUUUGGUACAAUUCAGUUAAGGUUUGCGUGGUUUCCAUUUUUGACCCCUUGAAGUUUGCAAUUAGUUGUUUGCAUUCCCCUGGCCUCAAAAUUGGUGACCUCAACUAUGCCACGAAAAGACUGCCUUCAGUAAAUGUUGCUGAAUAUUCCACAAUGAAAUUUCUGAAUUCAAAAAUCUGAACAUUUUGUUCUCUCUCUCUCUCUCUCUCUUUUGGAGGGGUGGGCUGUGGCAGAGCCUCUCUCUUCAGCACCUGCUGCAUUAUUUCUUCACUUUGGCCAUGUGAGUGAUUGGCAGAGAGGGCUCCAUUGCUUUGGGGCAGAUGAUGGGGCGGGGCAGGGCGGGGCUGAAAACCAGAAAAAGGGAAAACUUUUGCGGAACGUAGAACUGUGAUGACUCAACAGGAUGGGGGGGGGGGGUUGAAUUCUGCCUACAUCGAUGUGCCGGGCAGAGGAGGAACCCCGGGAGCUUUCCCCAACCUGGUCCUCUGCCCAUGGAUGGACUUGUGUCUUACUCUUUCUACAGAAGGCUGGACUAGCAGCAGCUUUGAACUGAACUUGAACUUGGGGGUGGGGAGUUGAAGGUCUAACGGCGCCUUUUGAUUGACGGACUCAUGUUGGGAUUUUUAGAACUUGCUUUCUCUUUCCCUGCUGUUGAGGGAGUCAAAUAUGAACAUGGUUUUCCAGAAGCUC